UCCCCAGGUGGCCCUGGACGCCCCAGGCUGGGGCCGCCUCGGAGCGCCCCGCGGGGGCCAUGGAUGGCGAGACAGGAGAGGAACAGGGGGGCCCCUUGCCCCCACCAGGUGCACCUUCCGGACCCGGCCCAGCUGGCGCUCUGGCCCUCGCGGGGUGGCGGGAGCCCAAGAAGUACGCCGUGACCGACGACUACCAGUUGUCCAAGCAGGUGCUGGGCCUGGGUGUGAACGGCAAGGUGCUGGAGUGCUUCCACAGGCGCACGGGGCAGAAGUGCGCCCUCAAGCUCCUGUACGACAGCCCCAAGGCCCGGCAGGAGGUGGAGCACCACUGGCAGGCCUCAGGUGGCCCCCACAUCGUGCGCAUCCUGGACGUGUACGAGAACAUGCACCACGGCAGGCGCUGCCUCCUCCUCAUCAUGGAGUGCAUGGAAGGUGGUGAGUUGUUCAGCAGGAUUCAGGAGCGUGGCGACCAGGCUUUCACUGAGAGAGAAGCCGCAGAGAUCAUGCGUGACAUUGGUACAGCCAUCCAGUUCCUGCACAGCCAGAAUAUCGCCCACCGAGAUGUCAAGCCUGAAAACCUGCUCUACACGUCCAAGGAGAGGAAUGCUGUGCUGAAGCUCACUGACUUUGGCUUUGCCAAGGAGACCACCCAGAAUGCCCUGCAGACACCCUGCUAUACUCCCUACUACGUGGCUCCUGAGGUCCUGGGUCCAGAGAAGUAUGACAAGUCGUGUGACAUGUGGUCCCUGGGCGUCAUCAUGUACAUCCUCCUGUGCGGCUUCCCGCCCUUCUACUCCAACACGGGCCAGGCCAUCUCCCCGGGAAUGAAGAGGAGGAUUCGCCUGGGCCAGUAUGGCUUCCCCAACCCUGAGUGGUCGGAGGUCUCCGAGGAUGCCAAGCAGCUGAUCCGCCUCUUGCUGAAGACGGACCCCACGGAGCGGAUGACCAUCAUGCAGUUCAUGAGCCAUCCCUGGAUCAACCAAUCCAUGGUGGUGCCGCAGACCCCGCUGCACACGGCCCGAGUGCUGCAGGAAGACAAAGACCACUGGGACGAAGUCAAGGAGGAGAUGACCAGUGCCCUGGCCACCAUGCGAGUGGACUACGACCAGGUGAAGAUCAAGGACCUGAAGACCUCUAACAACCGACUCCUCAACAAGCGGAGGAAGAAGCAGGCGGGCGGCUCGGCCUCCCAGGGCUGCAACAACCAGUAGCUCAUGGGGCCUCAGAGAAGCUGGGCCUCUGGGCCCGGGGACAGACUGGAGUGGGCUGAGGCCCUGACCCAGAGGGCCCAGGGUCACUUUUUUAAACAAAAGGACUAUUUUUGUGUGUCUUAAUUUGUCACUUGAAACUUCAGGAUGGGGGACUGUGACCCCACACCUCCUCAAGGCCCUGGUUCAGGCUCAGGCCGUAGAGGGGCGGUGCCUGGGGCUAGGGAGCUGCCUUCUGCAGCUGCAGUGCCUUCAUCCACAGUGGCCUGAGCCGUGGCUCUGUCCUGCCCUGGGAAUGGCCUUAGACUUCUAGGCCACUUGUGGCUGGGCUUCCCUCCUUCUAUGCAGACACUCCCCCGUGGGCUGGGCAGAUGGGCCUGGCCUUGGGAAAAGCAUCUGGCCAUUGGUUGCCAUGGUGACCAGGGACAGAGUUGCUGUCUAUGAAUGCCGAGUGAGCGAGCAAGGGAGGCAGAGGGGCAAUUGAGGGUCUGUCCGCCUUUGCCUUCCCGGGGAUGUUGGUCUUUCUCCCCUCUCACUCUAGCCUCUUUGGUCUUCCAGAGGCCCAAGGGUCAGUGUGCCGGCCCCCCUGGGCAGUCCAGCCCAUCUUGCUGCAGCCCCAUCCCACAGGGCCUUGGAGCUCUUCCGCCUCAGGCCCUGGGCCCAGCCCUCCCGUUACUACGCCCUAUCCAAAGAGUGGCCUCUCCUCUCAGCUGAGGGUGGGAGGUAUUUUUAACGCUUUUCUACUUUGGAAAAUGUCACUGUGACAAAAGCUGGUACAGUUCCUCUGCCCCCACCUGCUCUCGGGAUCCCAGGGAGGAGAGCCUCUCUCCGUAACGGUUCCUUCUCCACUCUGCCCCGGUGGGCUCUGGUGGACUCUGGUGGACUGUGAGAGUAGAUGGCUGGGGGCAGGGCCAGGAGGCUCCCUGUUCAUCAGGGGUCCCUUUUUAUACUCCAGGUAAGACCCAAGGCAGUGGAGGGCUACUGAGGGACGCUUUGAAAGUCUGGUCCCUGCCUGAGUCGGAGGAGAGAACAUUUUUCUCUGCCAGUCCGGGCUGACCCAGCCCCACACUGCCCUUGAUAGGGGGCUGACAAGUGCCUGACACCCAGCCUGCUUCCCUGAUCACCCCUUUUUUGGCUGGGAAACCCUAGACCACAUGGGAAAACACUGCUGGGUCGUCCUAUUAAUAAACCCAAUUUUGC